CAUUUAUCUCGCCGAUAAUCCGCGAGUUUACACAGCCUCAAACGGACUUAUUUUGUCAUUUAUGUGGGCCAUUAAACCACGGGAUUUUUAGCUCUAAAGCUGUGCUAGUCCUGCUUCAAAUAAACGGGGAUUAAAGUGUAUUUUAGGCGCUCUAUGAAGACGUCAAAUAAGUGAAUUGUAUUGACAAGGUGUCGCGAAGCGUUCGUUGCUGUGGAAAAUGGAUAGGGAACGUUUGCGUUUGAAGAGGGAACAGUUUAAACGCGAUAUGCAGCGGGUUUCGGAAGAAAAAAGCCGUGAACUCUUUGAAAAAGACGAGGACAGGGAUGCAUGGGUCGACGUUAUUCGUAAAUCCGUUGAAAAGGAGAUUGAAUCGAGAGUACGCGAAGCGCUCGGAACACCACCGAAGGAACGGCAGCGCAAACGUUUAGAAGAACUAACUGCCAAACGAUUAGCCAAGAUCGAAGAGGAGAAACGGGCGAUGGCUAGCAGCAUUAUAAAACAAGCCUCUUUUGAAAGACGUGCUGAAGAAGACGACGAACUAUUGUGGCUGAGACGGCAAAAAUACAUGGAAAAAUUUAAUCGUCGAAGAACGAUGCGUGAAGUCCCUUCGCCUAUAUUGCGUUCGAUCACCACAAAGCGCAGCGCUUCUGUUGGCCCUAAAAGCGAUCAGACCGCACCGAUCGUUUGGGAGAGCUGCGAGGCGGUUCCAGCACAAAUAUUAACUAGUUCUACACAAUUUAAACGGUCUAUAAGCGCCCCUAACUACACCGAAACGAUAGUGAAAGAUACAACGCGCAACGGCCCGUAUUUUCCUAGCGGCCGUAUGCCUUGCAUGCCUCCGCCAAAGCAUUUGAACUGUAUUCCGAAUUUUGUUGAAGAUUUGAAUAGCCCAGGUAGGUAAUAAUGAUGUUUGCUUAAAGUUAAAGUUUGAUUUUCGUCUGCAGGUUGUUUGCAAAGAGUUCAUGCCGCCAUAGGCGUAAUGUAAACACAAAAUUCUUAUCGUGGCUUAACUUAAUAUAGUAGUUUUAUUUGGUCGCGGUUUAAUGCAAAUAGCAACGAAAAAAUAUCCAUAUUUAUACUGUGUAAUAUAGGUUUGUUUUGGUUCAUUGGAUCUGGGCGAGAAUGGAAUAGUUUAGGUGUAAAUUAUCGAGUAAAAUGUGUUUCUAAUUACGGGGGCAAGGUUACAUGUAAUUUGAAACCCACGUACACAAAAUUAAUGCAGUAUUUACUUUCAAAUAUUACAUGUAACUACUAUAAAAAUGUUACAUUUAAACAGACAAAGUUGUCUCGAGGCAAAUAAGUAAUAGAUUUCAAGCUAUUUUUCAAAAAAUUGAUGCAAACGCAAUAUAAUAUGUAGCAAAUUACAGCACAUUCGCAUACAUUUGUAAAUUUUGCAACAUCUAUUUUGUUCUAAUUGCAUGAGUGUCAUAGCAACAGGGAUUUAAAUAAUGUAGUGUACAGUUUUAUCAUGAAUUUCACAUGCAGUUGCCAUGGUUAUACUUCUGUAUCUAUGACUUACGUGUGAAUGAUUUUUUGUACAGAAAAACAAAAGGUUUUUUUUACAGAAACAUCGUAUUUAUAGCUGUUGUGUACUCACAGUUUUAUAUAAAUGUUCAAAAGUGGCAGGGAGGCAGAUUUGGCUUUGCAAUAUUGCACGCUAAUGCGCCCUACUUUGUUAUUUUACUCUGUCUAAUGCCAGACAAUUUUACUUGUCCAGGCAUUAUAUGGCAGAGUGCUGGCUCACAAAAAAUAUUCUGAAAACAGAAAAAAAUUUGGAAAUUUCAUAUAUUGUGAAACUUUAUAGUGUGUAAUAAUACUUACAGUAUUGCCAAUUGCAUUGGGGUAGCCUCUCUUGAGCAUAGAAAUAUAUUGACAAAUAAAAUUCUCAACUACAUAGCAGCACUAGCAGCCCAAAAAGUAAGGCAAGUUUGCUACAAGGCAAUCGACAAUUGACAUGUCCAGCAAAUCAUCGUGCGGCAAUCUUACUUUCUCUUCAUAAGAAAAGUCAGUUUUUGACCCAGAUAAUCGCUGCAAUUAUGUGUAUGGCAGCUGCUAGAUGAAUGAGACGUGAACAAGACAUCACUUUGAACGCAAAUAUAGCACUAAACGCGAGACAUGCAGUCUCCCCAGCUCAAGUGCCCAAAUAUUUGUUCAAACAGGUGGACAUUUUCCCACAGCCAUUCGAUGACAUCAAAUUUUAUUUCAAACAAUUUUGAAAUCUCUUACCUGCAAGCUCAAAAACACUUUAGAAUUUUUACACUUUGACUAUUCCAGAAACUUCAAUGUCACAAUUCUGUGACAUCGUGUUCUUUUACACAUUUAUUUUAUAAACCAUGUGAAAGUGUUGUGUACUUGAUGUAAGAUUCACCAAAUGGCUUUAAUUCCCCCAUUUGCAGUCACCAGUGACCCAAUGUACCACACCCCCUAAAAAUGUGAUUCGCUGUUACAAGACUUUCCGUCAUUUAUGGAACUUCUGACGGAAUCCAGUGCACUUCUAUGGAACUUUUGACGGAAUGCACCUCUGCCACAAACGACAACCCCCACACACACACACACAUAUACGCUAGAUCAUCCUGGAUACAUCCCUGCUCAACCAAAGUAAAGUUUUGACACAUAAUUUUCCUGGCCUGUACUGUUGAACAAUAUUAUUUUGGGAGUGAUUAUCAAUUGAAACCAUUAGGCUGUUUUUUAAUUAACUCAACGUAUUAAACCACGACACGCCCUUUGUAAUUUUAUUCUGUCUAAUGCCAGGCGAUUUUUAAAUGGAAAAUGUCGAGCGUCAUUGGUUUAACCAGACUCUCUUGUUGCUAUUUUCAGAAGCGAACGAGAAUUGUGUAAAGGUGAAAGAGAACCCGGAUUAUCCGAAAUGUUGGAAAGGUUGUGUCGUUGUUUUCGAUACCGAGAGAAGAAAUACUUUGGUAAGUACCAAACGUUCAUUUGACAAAGUUUCGAAAACUUCGUGAUGUGAAAUAAAUGUUGCUGAAGUGAUCUUAAUUGAACCAUUGAACGGUCACUCGUGUAUUAAAUGGAUGCGGUCAACUUUUGCAUAAAACUUAAUCAUUCAUUGUCUUGUUUUAAACGGUCAAUGGAAAAUAUUAGAGAUAUUUUCACAAGACAAUGAAAGAUUAAAUUUUGGAACUAUUUUACUCUUCAAAAGUAGAGUCUCGCCUUUGGUGGUUAACCAAACUCUCUACCAAUGUGUCUUAUUAACCCAUAAGCCGCAAUGUGCCCAAAUGCGCCUUACUUUAUUAUUUUAUUCUAACGCCAGACGAUUUUAAUCGUUGAGGGGAGAAUCUUGCGCACUAAUGGGUUAAUAAAGAAUGAACGUGGGGCUACAAUAGAUACACCCUGAGUUAGCUAAGAUUCUAGCCACUCUAACUGUUGGCAGUAAAGUCGACCCUGUAUUUUAGUGGUCGUCCUGGGAUCGGAUCUAGUUUGUUUUUUUGUCGGUAAAUGUUAUCAUAUUGUGCGUAGGAUGCAGACGCUGUUCCGCCAGGAUGUCCACCACAUCUGCAGUUCGAAUCGAGGUUUGAAUGUGGAAAUCUUAGACAGGCGAAACGAAUGUAAGUGAACACAUGUAACACGUUGAUUUCUAUAAAAAUACAACGUAAACAGUAAAAGUUACUGUAAUUAGCCUGGAAUACGUAACAAUUUCAGAACCAUCCUCAAAGAUACGAAAAACUAGUUUCAACAGGGAUUGGUAGCGAGUCUUAUCCAAUUUAAGGGCACGAAAUAUUUUCGUGACGACUUGACUCGAUAGCUCAAUAGGUAGAGCGGCGGUCUAGAUACCGAUUGCAGUGUCAGAUUAAUAUGAAACUAGUUUUUCGUAUCUCUGAGGAUGGUUCUGAAAUAGAAUUGAAACACUGCGCGUCCUCUAAGACAAGCGUUAAGUCGUCACGAAAAUAUUUCGUGCACUUAAAUUGGAUAAGACUCGCUACCAAUCCCUGUUGACUCGAUAGCUCAAUAGGUAGAGCGGCGGUCUAGAUACCCGAAGAUGCGAGUUCAAAUCCCGCUCGAGCCAACGAAUUUUUCGUUGCUCGAUUGCAGUGUCAGAUUAGUAUGAAACUAGUUUAUACGUAACAAUGGUUCGUGGGAUUUUGAUUAAGGGAGUAACAUUGUAUUUUUAGUGGCAACUAUGAAUACGAACUUGUGUUGAACACAGAUCUUUAUACCAAACGACACACGCAAUGGUGAGUGGAUAUAUGAACGUAUUAAAGCUAGACCUAUCACGAGCAAUGUAGUGCUUCGCGAAUAUAACAAAAUUUUGGACAAAAUUUCUCCGUCGUUGGUUUGCCUCUAGCCCGUUGCAAAAGUUGGUACAAUGGUACUGAUCGUCUAUUCUCUGUUUAGGUAUUACUUCCAAGUUCGAAAAACAAUUCCUGGCGUUACAUACACAUUCACGAUCAUAAAUUUCUUGAAGAAAGAUAGCUUAUAUAAUCAUGGUAUGUAGAGCACCGAAUACAAUAUUACUUACUACAUGUAAUGAAAAGAAUGAACAUUAUUUUCCCACCCUGCUAACUGCAGGUUGACCAACAUCUGCUGCACGAUACUGCUUUGUGAACCCCACCUAUACCAUUCAAGCAGGGUUUUUGCAGAGAAGAUUGAGUUUAGCUGAACAGCUGGGGGUGGCUGCACCGGUGGACUGACACCUGUACUCAAUAAAUGUAGUUGAGACGGAAUGUGUUAAAGCAGGGGCACUAAGGGACACUAUAAACUGGUUAAUGAUGGCGAAUGCAUAGUUUUACUUGUGUUGUGAGAUGAAUUCCAGCCAUUUUUUUUAAUUGUCGGGUUUCCAACUAAAAACUAAUUUCCACACGUCACGAAUUUAACUCAAACAACUUCAUUUUUACUGCACUGAAACUUUGGUGAGAAGAUUGAGUUUCAAAACUCAAUUCAAGAUCGAGUUUUUGGGGCCGUAAAAAAUCCCGGAAAAAACCCUGCAUUGCUUUUAUUUUUCUUGUAGGAAUGAAGCCAUUGUUCUACUCAGAGAAGAUAGCGGAACGGAAGAGAUUGGGAUGGACAAGAAAAGGACAUCAUAUUAAAUAUUUUCAGAACUAUAUCAAAGGACAUCCAUUAUUAUCCAGAGACAAGCUCUACUAUUCCCUCACCUUCCAAAUGGUAAUGAGUACAUCCCAUCUAAAUAUGCCCAAAUUUUCUUAAGUAACUAUAUGGUUCCUGUUGGACUCUACCAAACACCUGGUAUCCUCCUGCAGUAACAUUGAAUCAAUAAGGAAUGACCGUUACUGGACCUCUAUAGAGAGAACAGUUCACAAAUAGAGCUAUCCAGUAUGUUAAUCAACAUUGUUUUAUUCAUAGGAAUUUCCUCACGUGAAUGAUGUAUGCUAUCUUACCCACUGUUAUCCCUAUACAUACACAGAUCUUGAGAAUGAUCUCCAAACUAUCACUAAUGAUCCCAUCAAGUACCGUUACUGUAAACAACAGGUAUGGGGGUCUAUGAUUUCACCUUGUACACGGCCAAGUUCAGCACCAUUUGUUUGGUAUGAAACCUACCAAUUAUAAGUUGUUAAUUUACCAUACCUUGGGUGUUGAUGGUAUUCAAUUUUGUAUUUAAGGUGCUGUGUAAAACAAUAGCUGGUAACAACUGUUAUCUCUUAACUGUUACAUCUGAAGGUAGGUAAAGAAACUGUUGGUAACAUCGUUACAGUACCACCACCACCACCAAAAACAGCAGCAACAGCAACAACAACAACAACAACAACAACAACAACAACAACAACAACAACAACAACAACAACAACAACAACAACAACAACAACAACAACAACAACAACAAUAGCAACAACAGCAACCAACAACAACAGCAACAACAACAACAACAAUAGCAACAACAGCAACCAACAACGACAGCAACAACAACAAUAACCAACACACAUCAAUCACACUGGAUACAGCAGUAACAAGACAUAAUCUAUCGCUACAUCUUCCUUUCAGAUUCUUGUGAAGAUAAACUGGGUGUAGUGGUCACAGCACGUGUACAUCCGGGAGAGACGAACGCCAGUUGGAUGAUGAAAGGACUUUUAGAUUUUCUCACAUCAGAAGAUCCUGUCGCUGAGGUAAACCAGACAUUGUGCCAGACAUUGUGUGACACCUAGGUAUAAGGCGCGUUGUUUAACAUCUAAGAGAUGUAGUUAAAUUUUCUUGCCCCUGAAAUUGACCACCAUCUACUUCCCUGUGAAACUCAUCAAUGAUGUUUUAUUUUCUUUUAAACAGAAUUUGCGAAGGAAACAUGUAUUUAAAAUAAUUCCAAUGUUAAACCCAGACGGGGUAAUUGUUGGCAACUAUCGCACAAAUCUCGCGGCCAAAGAUCUCAACAGAACCUAUAUGAAUCCUAAGAAGGUUGGUACAAAGAUGAGAUGUUUCAAAUUAAAGUAGAGUGGGGUGAACAACCAUUUAUGGUGGAACAUCAACUGUUAUUUUUUGUUUUUAGGAUUCGUCUCCAACAGUUUAUCACGCGAAGAAGCUGGUCGAGUCAUUCUCUUCUGAACAAGAGGUAUUUAUUUUAGUAGCACUGGCACAGUUCUGGACGUCCCUCACUGAAACACUAGACAUUACAGUUUAGAAUUGGUAGAGCUAUCCUCUGAGUUUAAUUAAAUAGCUUGCACAAUGUACAACUGGAUCUUAACUCAUUUAGAUUGUGAUAUACUGUGAUCUGCAUGGCCACAGCAGAAAACCUAAUGUGUUCAUGUAUGGUUGUACGCCAGAUAGCCGUGGUACAUCGGUCAAAGAUUUUGUUCAAGAGAGAUUAUUCCCAUGGUUGAUGUCAAAAAAGGUGGAAAGAAAAUAAAUAUUACUUCAGUGCCUAAUAACUGGUGCCGAAGCACCUGUAGACGUCAUCCGACUGCCUUACCUCGCUAGCCACUGCUCUCAUGGUCUAUACAGCAUUAGGAAGUUUAAGCUUCACGGGCAACGGCAAACGGCAGAGUCGAAUUUUCUUGGCAGAAUUUUCGUUUAACUUCUUCACUUCAUAUUUUCUUUCUUACGUCAAAAGAAUCAUUGCACAUUAUACAGUAGUUUUAAAAUAACAAGUCCAUUUACUCUUUAUUUCCUUGUAACAUAAAAUGUUUCUUUGCCCGGCGUCGGUCGUUUGACGUAUGAACGCGAAGCUUAAACUCUCUAUUAACCGCGGCUGAUUAGGCCAAGCUCAGCGCAAGUCCGAUAGGAUGCAUUAGAUAUUUAUCAACGAGAUUUUUUCGCUCUGCUUAUGUCUGCUGCAGUAUAACUGACUCGUACCUCCACCGACCGGCUAAGGUAAGCAGCCAAAGUCAGUUAUGGAGCGUUCAGGUAGAGCUUGUAAAUUGGCCCUAUUGUGAAGGGAGCCUAAAAUCGGAAUCCGCAUUACCACUCAGCCCAGACAGGCGAGCCAGUCAUGACGGUUGCGUUUAUAUAAGAAUAUCCAGCUACAUGUAUAUGGAUCUCGAUUAUCCGCGCUCGGUUCCAAUAUAGAUGCAUAAUAGACAAACAUUACAGCAUAAACCAGGUCUAAAAUCACACUUGGAAUAUUUCAGGCUCCAGACCUCUUCUCAUUCCGUGAAUGUAAAUUCAAAGUACGUAAAUGCAAAGAAGGCACAGCACGAGUCGUUAUGUGGCGUCAGAUGGGAGUGACGAAUAGUUUCACCAUGGAGGCAACGUUUUGUGGAGCAAAUUUUGGAAAUAUGUAAGUUCUAUAUAUUUGUGCUGGGUCUUACGCCUGUAUUCUAAAGGCUUACUCGCACUCAAAGAGUGGAGGUUCAAUCUGAGCUUCCCUUGAGUGUCAAUGCUGUUUUUGAAUAGUUGGAUGGUUAGUGUCAUUCCUUACUAUGUGACUACUCACCCUCCAGCUAUUCAAAAACAGCAUUGACACUCAAGGGAAGCUCAGAUUGAACCUCCACUCUUUGAAUGUGAGUAAGCUCUUAGAAUACAGACGUCAGACCAACUAUAUUUUGACUCGAUUUUCCAACAACACCUAAUGUCCUCCUUUCCUGGCAAACAGAAAAAUAAAGCGUAUUUUGUCAUCUUAACAGUGCCAAAGGGCGACAUUUUCAUUCCGGAGAUUUUGAAGCGAUGGGACGACAUUUUUGCGAAGUACUUAUGGACUACACCAAGGCGAGACCCAAGGGGUGCAGGUAUGGAUCACUAUGGAUACGAUAUUAUCGUUACCCCCAUUAUCCCAAAUGUUGGAGCUCAACCCAAUAUUUUCUCAUGUUGUAGAAGUGAGAUCACAGAAGCGUUCGUUGAAAUGGCAUCACGGAUGACGCAAGACAUAAUUCGACACGCACGACUCUUGCAACAACGCAAGAACGAAGCAUGUUGCUCUGUCGAUGGUCACGUGAAUAAACCUCGUGAAUCACAUGCUAGUCAUGUGAAUGUUUUCGAUGUUCACGUGGGUAACACGAGGUCGGACGCGGAGUUCCAAGAGGUCGAGGUGUCCGUGAGGAAAAGUGAGGGAGCUAGUUUGGAGGAUUGUCUCAAACAGUUGGACGAGUUGGAUCUUAAUGCGUUACAGGCCGAGUCAGAGUAAGUCAAUGCGUUCAUAAAUACAAGUAUAGUGUACGGCGUAAACGUACAAAUUGUUAUAGAUCUGUAGUUUUUACAUGGCUGACUUGGUACAAAAUUGUUCCAAGAAGGUCAUAUCAGGUUGUGUUCGCAAAGCCUGUGCUCAGCUUGUUGACAAGUUGUUCGGCAACAAACUUGCUACAAGGUUCUUGCUAUCGGGUUCGAACUGCUAGUUCCCAUACAGAGGUCCACAGCAUUCUUGAAAUAGCGUCGGCUACGAAAGAUUUUAUGCCUGCUCUUAUGCUUACAUAUUCCCUGUAUUUCAUAGUUCCAGUGAUUCAGAUAGCCAAUCAGAGGGCGAAGAGAACAAUGGGAAACUCAAGCAAAGAAAAAAGGUGAGAAAAUUUUGUUACGGCACAGGACGCACAAGCUCUUCAUGGAGCCUUUGGUCCCGCCCGCCCUAGGCUUGAAAAUUAAGGGGCGAAUAGGUGGUGUGCAGGUUACGUCACCGUCGCCAUGUUGGAUGACAUUGACAAAGGAUUUUGCUUGUUUGCAACGCAAAUAUCAUCCAACAUGGCGAAACUCAGGGACGCCGGAACUGGCUGGGGGCAGGAGGGGCAGUCGCCCCCGUUGCCCUUUACCAGGAGGGGCAAGGGGAGCAAAGGUGCCCUUUCAAUUUAAAGGAUUGCCUUGGCGAAAUAGCGAGUUGUCAAAAAUGUUAGUGCGAUUCUUUUACGAAUUUGCUUUAGAAAACGCAAGAAAUGCAGUCAUCAAGCUUCAAGAAUAGCACAAUCGCCUGGCGGAGAACCCCCUCACACCACUAUCAUCCAAUAAAUAGAAAACAUGAUUAAGCGAAGUUCAACUCCAGAUGUUUUGCAAAAAUCUCUCAGUAUAUAUCAAUUCAAAAGUGCCCUUUCACGAAAAUCUGCCCCCCUUGCCUUCACAUCGUUCCGGCGUCCCUGGCGAAACUAAUCUCUUUCUCCUUUGAAUCCCAUGGGAGUGGUUGCACAUUACCUAUAGUAAAGAAAUAGAUUAAACAGAUUUCAUCUUUGAACAGAAUGAAGAAGGAAGGAAAAAGAGAAAGAAGAAGAAAGCUGCGAAAAGAUGGGAAGUUUUGGCGGUAAGAUGAAAUUUUGUGUUUGAAAGAUGUAACACAUUCAUUGCUAUGCCUGGAUUGACGCAAAGCGCAGCAGAUGAUGGUCAACCUGCAAUUCGUUGAGAAAACUAAAUUUGUCAACUGGUUUUCAAUUUAGUCUUUAAAGCAAAGGUCAGAAAUUCAGAAUGAAGAAAAGGAAGAAAGCAGUACAAAAUCUCAAACAGACAGAGACAAGGCGAGUGGAUAAUGCAUAAAAAGUGAGCCUGCAUAUAACUAAUGAAACUUUAAAUUAACAAUACUUUGAUUUUUUUACAGAAAAGAGUCAGAUUAAACCAGAGCGCGUUUGUGAAUCCUUACACGACUCGAUUCAACAAUGGUAUUCCUAUCUACUCUCAAGAACGAAUACAAGAAAGAACCAGAAAGGUCAAUAUAUUAUGCAAUACUACACCUGUACUUGCGUUCUCGCUCGGUCCGACCUCACGUUUCUGUUUAUUGUUUUUUAGAAAAAUCAAGAGACGGCAAAUGAUUCAGAGCCUUCAAGUGCGGAAUACAACCUAUUGGUAAGACAAGAGAUGACCCUUUCUGGACCUCUAGGAAGAAUAGUUUAGAACUGAUAGAGCUAUCCAGUAUAAAUAGAGUUAGUUUAGAUCAAUAAGAGAUGAUCCUUACUGGAUCUCCAAGAACAGCAGUUAGAACUGAUAGAGCUAUCCAGUGUAAAUACAGUCAGUUAACUAACAACUGUUCUCCUCUUUCCAACUCUACAGCCUGUCCUUCGCGAAGAUGAAAUGAUGACGUCAUAUGAUAUGGAACUUUACAACAUUAUCCCACAACGUAAUCUGACCUACUAUAUGAUGUCGCGUGGGCCUGGCACUACUCCUGAUAGUCGGGCCCAGGCUCUAGGUCUUGACACGUUUAAGUUUGAGCCCCUCAGUAAUUCCGCUUCGAAUGGGUUCACUGUUCGAAUUCCUGGUCGGGAGACCUCGGCAACCCGAAGUGAUGACGAAAGUUUCCGAUGGGAUCCCGAGAAUGGAUGCAUGGCCGAAGACGAACUUUAUUACGGUGACCAAAAUCCGAGCAUGCGCAAUACGGUAACGCUUAAUCCUUUACAGUACCCACAAAGCACCGCGCGCGCAUACGAUCUGAACGAGCUAUCGCGGACUGGAAACGAGUUUGCGCAUUCACCUGCAAAGGACUGGGAACUAAAGUCGGACGAUUUUUACUCGGACGAGCAAAGACCGACAAGAGUAGUAAGGGUCACGUCACAUAGCACUUUGCACGAGCCAGUAGCAAGGAGUGAAAAUAAACUACGGUCUUUGCAAAGACUAAAACAGUUGUCACUAGAAGACAGAACUGCGCGGGAAAACGAUGUAGAGUAGUAGCUAGGCUAGGAAAUAGAAUUUUAUAGAAAUUUGAUAUAUAUAUAAUGUAAUAUUUAUAUAGCUAAAUAACUGCCCUGAGGGACAUAUAGAAAUUCUCAAUAUUUGUGAAAAUUUUAGUAUUUGAAAAAGAACAAUUUAUAAUGCGCACAUAUUAUUCAUAAACAUUACAAAGAAUCGCACAGAGUAAAUAUAAAGAAUUAUUCGCCAUGAAUUUGUAUUCUUAUAUGCGAUGUUAUAACUAGGUAGGAAUGAACUAGACAAUCACAGAAUUUAAAAGAAAUUUAAUUUCAUAACAAUUUUCACAUUAGUUCGAUUUUGGAAAAGAAAAUUCAUCUGAUAUGUCUGUGUAUAAACCGUCAAGAUGAACUUUCUGUAGUGAGUUUGGCGAAUACAAUGACAACAUCAAUCAAGACGUCCUCAUCAACAACAGUUGUGUUUCACGAAGCCUAAUACAUAGAGAAACGCUUGGUAGUCAUGCAACUUUACACGUAUUGACGCUUAAUGUUUUGUGGGAAAACACAACUUGUGAUGUUGGUUCUCCUGAAUAAAUACUAUUAUCAAUCAAGAGAGCAAAUUUCGCCAAAUUGCGUACAUUUACCAAACACAAAGUCAAUUACACAUAUCAUAAAAAAUUAACUCGCUCUGCUAACUGUGUUUAUAAAAUAACAUGUAUAUAACGCGUGCUCUGAUUGGUCGAAACGCGUGUUUGGAUCAGGCCAUCCAAACACGGAAAUUUAAAGUGAAAGUUUUUUAAAGUGAAAUUUUAACACGGAAAGUUGUUAUUUUAUAAAACAAUUACUUUAUGGUUUCCGUGUUUGGAUGGCCUGAUCCAAACACUUCGGAAUGUUGCUCGAGUUAAAAAAGGGCGCAAAAUCACUCGCCUUCGGCUCGCGUUUCGCGCGCUUUUCAUCCAAACACGGAAACCAUAAAGUAAUUGUAUAACGUAAUUGACCACCAAGCGCUAAAUGUACGGACGUGACUGAAACCCAGCUAUAAUAGGAUAAUAGGAUUUUUAAUCUGCGAUUAUAAAUUACAAGUGUCAUUAAUAUUACUCGUUUAUCAACCUUUGUCACCCAAAUUACCACAACAAACAAGAAACACCACAACCUAGUUUUAACUCCAGCGGUUUGACUUUCUUUCAUUCAUCGUGUGUUGUCAUUCCUUGUCCCAAUGAGAAAAAAAAUUAAAAAAUAAAACUAUCACAUUCCUCUUCAACGUGACUAGGUUCCAUUCUUCUAACUUGACCUGGUCGAGUACAUAUCUUUAUCCUCAGGUUCAGACUGUCCCGGUUCACCACGGGGUUUUUCAUCCCGGGCUUUUGACUCGUCGGAUCUAAAACCCCGUCCAGUUUGAAUAUCAAAAUCUUCUUGUACCGCCUCGGUAAUCUCCUCAAUAACACUAGUCAUCAGACCUCUCGCAUCGAUCACCACCCUCGGACUCUUGCCCAGUUUCGCUCCGCCAGUUUGGAUCUCUAUAUCUUCCUGGAUUGCUUUCGUCAUCGUCUCGACAACCCCUUUCGUCAACUCGCCCCACUCUUUCACAACGUGCACCGGUUCGUUCCCAGGUCGCGGUGACACCAAUGCAUUCUCGGUCAAAUUUCUCUUCAUAAUUGCACCAACACUCUUUCGGAUCUCUCCAAAGUCGACGAUCGCGACUUCCCGGUCACGGAGCUCUCCGAUCGAAUUCGAACGUAUGUAACGCUCUUCUAUUCUAUCUUUCAGCUGCAUCCCGACUUCCUCCGACAACGCGUCGACAUCCACAUGAACGCGACCCACAUUCCGACCAAUUCCGAUCGCUGCCUGAUCGAUGUUAUUUUGUAACUCUUUCAGCGCCAACUGCCCGAGUUCUUUAGUAUCUGAGAACAAAUAUGGCGUACUUGCCCCAGUCUCUUUGAUAUCUCGGUUAACUUCACCCAUAACUGAAUCAACGAUGUUUUUGGCCAGCCGUUCACUAUCAAAGUACAGGUCACGUUUUCGUUCCAAUUUCCCGCCCGUUUGAAUAUUCAUAUCUUCUUCGAUCGCUUGUAAAACCUCGUCCGCUAUCCGCCGUACCAAGCUUUUACCGUCUAACACGGCGUGGGGUUUGUGUUCCCGGCCGGCCCACCCUCCGGUUUGAAUUUCAAUAUCUUCGCUCACACCGGCAAGGAUUUCUUUCAUCGUCACGUGUGCCAUAUGAUCAAGUUCGUGCACCACAACCCCCCGUCCGUGGAGUGACUCGGAAACUUCCUCAAUGAUGGCGUCAGCGAUAUGGUCGAAACCAGGUACAUACAUCGGACUGUACAUUAUACCUAAA